UCGCCGUUGCCACGGGGACAUGGGAGUGACGGACAGAAGCGGUUAGUGGAAGCCUCGGAACUGCCGGCCGCACUCCCGUUCCGUCUUUCGUUCGGUGCGCAACUACGGGGCGUCAUGCCGCAGACCUACCGGAUAUGGCAAUAGUAGCGAGGUGUGGGGUACUCGUCGUCGGUGGCCCAGCACUAUGGAAAACAGUCUAGUGGGAGGCAUUCAUCUCACCCAUCUGUUCGUCUCCAUCAUUCUCUUCUGUCUUCCUCACGAGUCCAAGCAAGGUCCGCACGAGAAAAGACUGCUCAACAAACUGCUGAACGAUUACAACGUGCUGGAAAGACCCGUAGCCAACGAGUCCGAGCCUCUACUACUCAGCUUCGGCUUAACGCUUCAGCAAAUAAUUGAUGUGGACGAAAAGAACCAACAAAUAAUAACAAAUAUCUGGUUAAAAUUGGAAUGGGUAGAUAUCAACCUACGAUGGAAUGCCUCGGAGUACGGCGGCGUCAAGGACCUGAGAAUUCCUCCCAGUCGGCUUUGGAAACCAGACGUGUUGAUGUACAACAGCGCGGAUGAGAAGAUUGAUGGUACGUAUCCCACCAACGUCGUGGUGCGUAACAACGGAAGUUGUACCUACAUACCUCCGGGAAUCUUCAAAAGCACGUGCAAAAUCGACAUCACCUGGUUUCCUUUCGAUGAUCAGAUGUGCCAAAUGAAAUUUGGAUCAUGGACCUACGAUGGGAACCAGAUAGAUCUCAGGCUGGCCAGCGAAGACGGCGGAGACCUGUCGACGUACAUCAUCAAUGGCGAAUGGGAUCUCAUCGGGUUACCGGGAAUUCGAAAUGUAAUAUACUACGCAUGUUGUCCGGAGCCUUAUGUAGACAUCACAUUCACCAUUCAUAUUCGUCGGAGGACGUUGUAUUACGGAUUCAAUCUUAUCAUCCCCUGCGUUCUAAUCUCUUCGAUGACGUUAUUGGGCUUCACACUGCCACCCGAUUCUGGGGAAAAACUCACUUUAGGGAUCACCAUUCUUCUGUCCUUGACUGUGUUUAAUCUGCUGGUCACAGACACCCUUCCGGUGACCUCUGAUGCAGUUGCCAUAAUAGGCACCUACUUUGCUUGCAUCAUGAUAAUGGUAGCCUUUUCUGUGGUGAUGACGGUGGUAGUAUUGAAUUAUCAUCACAGAAGUUCCGAAACGCACGAUAUGCCACAGUAUGUGAGUAUCGUUGUAUGUUUGGAGAUGCUUAAUUGAA